GCCUCGCCCUCCAGUUCCAAUCCAUUCUCCGACAUCGAACCAGACCAACUCAACGUCACACGUUCUUGCCGUUAAAGCGUUCUUCUCAAAUAUAGGAAGGAGUAUGAUAGAGGUUUGGUUGAGUGCUGCUCUGCUCAGCCUUGUUGCUGGAGCAGACCCUGCAGUACGAGCUGAACCUAUGGUAGCUAUGCUCUGCCCUGAACCCGGAGAUCAGGCAGCUCAACUCUUCCACAACAAGUUCCUCAGCUCCGGGAAGUGGAAGACGGAUACGGAUAUGAAGGCAACCUGCAGGAAGGACAAGGUUGAGAUACUGGAGUACUGUAAGAAAGUAUACCCGGAGAGGGAUAUAACUAAUAUCGUGGAAGCGUCCCACUUCACCAAGAUCGGGAACUGGUGUAAGCUUGGUAAGAAGAAGUGUCAAGGACCAACCAGGUGGAUUAAACCCUUCAGAUGCCUUGAAGGUCCUUUCCAGUCUGAUGCUCUCCUAGUUCCGGAGCACUGUCUCUUUGAUCAUAUUCACAACCAGACACGUUGCUGGAACUUUGAUCAGUGGAACAAGACUGCUGAGAAUGCUUGCUCCGACAGGUCGAUGAAGCUAAGAAGCUUUGCUAUGCUACUCCCCUGUGGGAUAGAUGUGUUCAGUGGAGUUGAGUUUGUCUGUUGUCCGUCCAGUUCUAAGACAAGGAAGGAGAGGGUUACCAAGGAAGAGAAGAUGGUUACUAACUCCUGGCCCGAGGAGCUCAAGCUCAAACAGAUCGAGAGUGAUUUCGAAGAGGAUGAGGAGUACUACGAGGAUGAUGAGGAGGAGUAUGAUGAAGAUGAUGAUUAUCUAGAUGAGGAUGAGUACUAUGAGGAUGAGUAUGAAGGAGAGAAGGAUCUGGGAGAUAUUCAAGUUUCUAUCCACUUCCCUAAGGAGGAAGUUACAACAACGACGACAUCAACAACAACAACCACUACAACGACGACCACAACAACCACAACAACAACAACUACAACAACUGAAGCGACAACGACAACAACUGUCAGACCAACAGCAGAUCCCUACUUUACACACUACGAUCCCCGAGAUGAACAUGCAGCAUUCAUGCAGGCGGAGAGAAGGUUUGAGGAGAGACACAGGGCCAAGGUUUCCAAGGUCAUGAAGGACUGGUCGGACCUAGAGGAGAAGUACCAGGAUAUGAGGAGUGAGGAUCCAACCUCUGCUGAGGAGUUUAAGAAGCAGAUGACUGACAGGUUCCAGAAAACAGUUCAGGCCCUGGAGGAGGAGAGUCAGGCAGAGAAGAGGCAACUGCUUGCCAUGCAUCAACAGAGGGUUAUAUCUAGGAUAAACCAGAGGAAGAAGGACGCCAUGAACUGCUACACCACCACCCUGAACAAGAACCCACCGGUUAGUCACAGAGUUCAGAAGUGUCUGCAGAAACUACUGAGAUCUAUGCACAAGGAUAGACACCACACUAUUCAGCACUACAGGCACAUGCUGGAGAUCAAUCUAGAGCAGGCAGAGAGGGAGAGAGAGAUCACCAUAGAGCACCUCGCAGAUAUUGAUCGCCUGGUUAAUGAGUCUCUUCAGAUGCUCUCCAGAUAUUCUGAGCUGAACGCUAAACUCCUUCCUCUAAUGGAGGAUUACAUUGUUGCUCUGAGAUCCCGGGAUAACACUCCCGCUCCUCUCCUCAACAUGGACAGGGAGCAUGAGGAGCAGAUGAUAAACAAUUACAAGACCGAGGCCGAGGCUAAGAUGAAGGAGAAGGAGAGCAAGGAGUCCACUGUACAGGAGACCAAAGAGAUUGAAGAGGUCGAAACCACAACCGAGGUUCAUCUUGAGACUGAUGCUCCGACUACAACCUCUCCCCAGGAGGUCACCCCGGAGGACUCGGAGAAAACCUUGAAGGUUGAGGUUCAUGCUACAGCUGUUCACCACGAGCAUCAUGUUGAACCCAAGAUUGCGCAUGCGCAAGCUCAUGACUUCUCACUGAACCAGGGCGCGUACACCGUUCGCCGGGUUCAGGUUUCAUCUAACAGCAGCAUGUACGUCAUCAUGCUCGUUGCCGGAGCAGCCCUAGUUAUCGCCGCCGUUGUCGGGGUCACUCUAGCUCGUCGUCGUACCUCCAGGUACUCCCACCAGCAGCUUGUGUCCAAGAUUGGAAAGACCAAGGACGGAUUUAUCGAGGUGGACGCAACUUCUCCGGAGGAGAGACAUGUUGCUGCCAUGCAGAUCAACGGAUACGAGAAUCCAACCUACAAAUACUUCGAAGUUCCCUCUGCGUAAUCCUCCAACCUCAUCAACCAAGACUCUGUACAGUGAAGCUUGACGGCUUUAAACCGCUGAUUGGCGUUGCUUAAUUUUUGUCCCGUGAUGUUCUUAUUCAAACAGGGUGUUCCGUCUUUAACCAUGCAGGCAUUGAUCAUCUGAAUUUUUUUCUUGGGACACCCGAAAUUCCAAAAGUUUUAAAUUAAGAAAAAAUAUUUUUACUCGGAGACCUUGAGAAAAACAUGAUUUUCCCUUUGUAUGAAGCUGCUGUAACCAGAGUAUAUUUAAUACUAAAUACAUUGGUACAAUUCGUCCAUUUUAAUUCAUGUACAUAAUAUCCGUUACAAAGCGUACAUAAUAAUUUCAUUAGAAAUUAAAAAAUGUGAAGAAUUUAAUCAUUUUUGACGGAAUUCAACAACUUUCAAUCCUCUAAAAUUUUUGAAUCCUGAACAUUUUAUAGAUAUUGUGUAAACGUAAAGAAUAUAUUUCGUAAUAUAUACAUAAACACUUGUAUAUAUUAUAUAUAUAUUGAAUAAAAUACUCUCUUUAUUAAUGUUGUACAAUAUAUAAUCUUA